AUGGAUGGACAGGAUGCUGAGAAUGGGCUAUUCUCUCCAGUUCUGCCAUGUUCCUCGCCCAUUCAUGGACAUCAAGGAAGUGAAUCUAUCCUCCCAGGAGGAGAGCUGGCCAGAGCAGGAUGGGCACUUUUACAGCUGUUGCUGGUGGCAUCGUUCUCUCAGGCUGAGGAGCUGGUGUGCAGGCGAAGAGGGGAUCCUGAGAACCCCCAGUUAUUUAAGAAUGGGGAAAUUAUUUUGGGGGGAAUCUUCUCUUUUCAUGGCAGCUGGAAAGAAAGAAAGGACACCUACAUGCACAAACCACCUCCAUUGCAAUGCACAGGUUUGAAUUUCAGAGGUUUCCAGUAUACCCAGGCUAUGCUCUUUGCCAUCGAGGAGAUUAAUAACAGUACAGACCUGCUGCCUGGAAUCUCUCUGGGCUAUCAAUUCUAUGAUGCCUGUGCCUCAAUUGCCAGAAGUGUGAGAGUAACACUGGCUUUGGCUAAUGGUAAUGAGGUUUUAUUUGAACCAUCCCAGGCACCUUGUACCAGACCAGCCCAAGUGCAGGCCAUUAUGGGAGAGGCCCCUUCCUCUCUUUGCAUGGCUAUGGCUACUGUCAUCGGACCUUUUCAUAUCCCAAUGAUCAGCCACUUUGCCACUUGUGCUUGUCUCAGUGAUAAAACCAAGUACCCAUCCUUCCUCAGGACAAUACCCAGUGACGCCUACCAGAGCAGAGCCCUGGCACAGUUGGUCAAGCACUUUGGUUGGUCUUGGGUUGGAGCUGUGAGAACUAAUGAUGAUUAUGGGAACAAGGGCAUGGCCACAUUUACAGAAACAGCCCAGCAGCUGGGCAUCUGUCUGGAGUACUCUGUGUCUUUCUUUAGAACAGAUCCACCAGACAAAAUACAAAAGAUAAUUGACAUUAUCAAAGCUUCCACUUCCAAGGUGAUUGUAGCUUUCCUCUCAAACCUGGAUUUUGAUAUUCUAAUACACGAGGUGUCUCACCACAACUUGACUGGGUACCAGUGGGUCGGUAGUGAGGGCUGGAUCUUUGACUCCCAAACUGCAGCCAUGGAUAAGCAUCACAUUCUGGAUGGUGCCGUAGGCCUGUCCAUCCCCAAAGCACAUGUCAGUGGCAUGAGAGAGUUCAUGUUGGAUGUAAAGCCUCUCAAUUCAUCUGGUAAUGAACUAUUUACAGAGUUUUGGGAGACAUUAUUCAGCUGUAAGUUCAAGCAGUCAAAAUUGUCCACAGAGAAUCAGAGAGAAUGUACUGGACACGAGGAUCUGACUGGAGUGCACAACAGCUUCACUGAUAUGUCGCUCAUGCCUAUCUUUAACAAUGUCUAUAAAGGAGUGUAUGCUGUGGCCCAUGCAUUUCAUAGUAUGCUCAGCUGUAAUAAAACAUGUAACAAGAUGCAGCUGGAUCCAUAUACGAUUUUACAACACAUAAAAAGGGUUCAUUUCAAAACAAAGGAAGGAGAUGAGGUUUACUUUAAUGAGAAUGGAGACCCAGCAGCAAAGUAUGAAAUUAUAAACUGGCAGCCAACAGAAAAUGGCAUUGUGGACUUUGUCACAGUUGGUUUUUAUGAUGCAUCUUUACCUGCAGACAAACAGCUGAAUCUGCAAAAUAAGUCUUUAAUUUGGGCAAACAACUCACAACAGGUGCCUGUGUCAGUUUGCAGUAAGAAGUGUCGUCCAGGAACUCGCAAGGUUCUCCAGAAAGGAAAGCCUGUCUGCUGCUAUGACUGUUUAAGAUGUGCAGAGGGAGAAAUAAGCAACAGUACAGAUUCUAUCACCUGUGUGCAAUGUCACCCUGAGUUCUGGUCAAAUGAGAGAAGAGAUGCCUGUGUAAAGAAGGAGGUAGAGUUUCUAUCAUAUGAAGAGAUAAUGGGAGCACUGCUCACUGCAGCGUCCUUGCUGGGAACAUGCAUCACUGCUGUUGUGGCAUUCAUUUUCUUCAGAUACAGGAAAACUCCUGUUGUCAGAGCCAACAACUCUGAGCUGAGCUUCCUGCUGCUCUUCUCCUUGACUCUGUGUUUCCUGUGUUCUCUGACCUUCAUCGGCCGGCCCUCUGAGUGGUCCUGCAUGCUGCGACACACAGCAUUUGGCAUCACCUUUGUCCUCUGUAUCUCAUGUGUUCUGGGGAAAACUAUAGUGGUGUUAAUGGCCUUCAGGGCAACACUUCCUGGUAGUAAUGUGAUGAAAUGGUUUGGGCCUGCACAGCAGAGGCUCAGUGUUCUGGGUUUUACUCUUAUACAAGUUAUCAUAUGUAUCCUCUGGUUAACAAUUUCACCUCCUUUCCCAUUCAAGAACUUUAAACAGUUUAAGGACAGAAUCAUCUUAGAGUGCACUCUGGGUUCAGCUGUAGGCUUUUGGGCUGUUCUUGGGUACAUCGGACUUCUGGCCGUGUUAUGUUUUAUUCUCGCUUUUCUGGCCCGAAAACUCCCUGAUAAUUUCAAUGAAGCCAAAUUUAUCACUUUUAGCAUGCUGAUAUUCUGUGCAGUAUGGAUCACCUUUAUUCCAGCAUAUGUCAGCUCCCCUGGGAAGUUCAGUGUUGCUGUGGAGAUAUUUGCUAUUCUGGCCUCCAGUUUUGGACUGCUCAUUUGUAUUUUUGUUCCGAAAUGUUAUGUUAUCUUACUGAAACCAGAGAAAAAUACAAAAAAGAACAUGAUGGGGAAGAAAACACCACAAUCCUCCUGA